AUGGCGAGUUUAGCAAACCGAUUUUCAAGAGAGUCGCAUACGGCGAGCGCGACAGACCAGAAAAUCGAAUCGAAACUCAAUGUCAGCGACCUAGAAGCGCUGCAAGAAGGCUUUUCCUGCCCAGGAAAAGGAUAUGACAACAAACUUUCACUUACUAAAGAGCAAUUUGUUGAAGCUCUAAGUCUUAUUUUGAAUCGUGGUACUCGACAGGAAUACAGCGAGCUGUUCGACAAGAUCGACAUAACAAGCGAUGGUGUUGUUGACUGGGACAAAAUAGCAUCGCACCUAUUACUGGAGUUCAACGAACGAGAUGAGCGAGUUAAAAAACUAAGUGUUCCUCAGUGGAAGGAUUUGAAAACGCUUAAAAGUCCCCACAAAGAUUCCAUACAAAAAAUGAUUUACAUGAAACAUAUGUCGCGCUAUCUUACGGUCGGAAAGGAUGGAAUAGUAACUAUGUGGGGGAUUGAUAUGAAACCUCAGUGUUCUGCAAAAGUCUCAACCGAAGCGUGUAGACCCCGAGACCUAUGGGUAACGGACUUCGCGAUAAUGUCGAAUAUAAAUAAAAUGGCCGUGGCAUUUACAAGCAAAGAAAUAGCAUUUUACUCUAUCGGUAUAAAGCUUGAGCUCGUUUGUCAAGUUAAACUCUGCGACAUAAUCGAUACUCCCAUAUGUUUAAACUACUGGCAUAAUCCAGAUCAUCCAAAUGAAUGCAUUCUUUCCUGGGGUGACGUCGGUGGAUAUCUAAACGCUUUGUUUUGGUCACAAGCUUCAAUUGGUCUCUUCGAGAAACCUUCAGCACUUGUUUAUGAGAAAGAAGAAACAACGCUUAAUGUUUCUCUGAACGAAGUAAUUCAGAAGACCUGCCAAACUGCGACAUAUUUGCGCCACAAAGUUCAUUCUGAUUGGGUUCGACAAGUUCGCUAUAUUCCUCAGUUGGAUGGAUUCAUGACAUGCGCCACUGUUUGGAACAAUUCUUUGGUUAUUUCCUGGUUGGAGAAACUACCGUCCGUAGCAGCGGCUGCCGGAAGAGCUACAAGUCAACGCCCUGAAUCACGGAUAAUUUCACGCACAUCGGUGUUUACUGUGCACCAGGGUAUCAACGCAUUCGACUACCAUGAGGGUCAAAAUCAGAUCGCCACGGCUGGGGUGAACUACCACGUCUGUUUGUGGAAUCCGUACGUGGUUUCGAAGCCAAAUGGACUGCUUCGUGGCCACAUGGCCUCCGUGGUGGCAGUGCAAUUCCAUCGGUGCAAGGGCCAUCUGUUGAGUCUUUCACGUGACCGCGUUCUAAGAAUCUGGGACGUCCAACUGCAAGUGUGUCUUCAACGUAUAGCAGGAGUGUUUCCCAAAGGAUUGGAAGAUGUAUCACCAAAUUCAAGGAAGCAAACAACCACCCAAAUGUUUUUUCACGAGGAUACGCUCCGACUCUUCCUCACGUUCAACCAUUCGCUUACGAUGAUGGAGAUGAAAAUCAAACUACACGAUCGAACAUUCAGUCAUGAGAAACCUUUGGUGGGUGUAAUCUUCAACACAACCUUCAACCAGGUGGUUUCUGCCUGUCAAGGUGGUACCAUCUCCUUUUGGUUACUUGACACAGGGCAGCGUGUGAAGAACAUUACUCGUAGUCAUGGAGAAGCAGAACUCACGUGUCUGGUUCAAGAUCCAGCGGGCAGUCUAUUUUACACAGGAAGCACGGAUGGGACGAUAAAGAUAUGGGACAUGAACGGACACUGUCACCAUACCUUGGUCUGUUACGGAGGCACUCACGCAGAAGUCGGCCAAGUGGUGAUUCUCAAACGAUCCGUCAUAGUGAUGGGUACUUCAAAUCAUUUCACUGUGUUCCGUACGACAAAUUUUCGUGACCAUUACGUGUACCCAUCAGAGUGGAAAGGCGGACCGGAACAUAGCGACGAUGUUCUGACCGGUAUCGCGCUACCUCCCAACGGACUCAUCACUGGCUCGUAUGACGGCGAGUUAAUCGUGUGGAACACGAACUCCGAAUUGGCCGCACGACGGAUGACGCAACGAAGCAAACGGAUGCAUGAAGAGUACUCACAGUACUUGUUCAACGUAUCAAGACUGGCCUUGUUGUCUACACGCAAACACAUCGGUCCGGGCAGUAAGGUGGGUGCGAAUCUCGUCUCCUGCGGGGGCAAUGGAGUGGUGCGAUUUUGGAACGCUUACUCCUGCACGCUUAUCGGUGAAUUUGUUGCCCACCAAAAAGCGAGCAGUAUUAUCAUGACGAUUGAUUCGAACGACCAAUACCUGGCAACAGGUGACAUAGAAGGCAGAGUGAAAAUAUGGAACAUCAAGGAAUAUUGUAUGUACGAUGAGGAGGAAGAGGAAUUCUUGCCACCAGACCUAAUGGCUGAAUGGCUCGCUCACAUUGACCUCAUAAGUGGAAUGGCAUUUUGCCCCCGGUUCGAGCAACGCAUAUUUCUGGUCACCUCGUCCACGGAUUGUGCUGUCUCUCUGUGGACUCUGGACGGAACAAAAGUGGGCACUUUCGGACAGGAAUUACGAUGGAAACUGGACCAAGUGCAUCGCGAUUUGGGUGCCGCGUCUCUCGCAAGCACGGAGACAUCACCGGUGCAAGAGUCAUCGGUGGCCGACAGAGAUAUGCACGAUUACGGAGAGCAGUCCGAACCCAGCGACACAUUCUCCCGCGCAACUCCGGAGUUCCAAGUCGAUAACAUUAAACCGUUUCCAGAAGAUGUAUCAUUGGGCGAAAUAUGUGAAAUAUUGUCUUCGUAUCGCAUCAACGCUUGGAAGCACACGUUACUCGGAAAGGAAUAUCAGGAAGCACGAAUGAAGAAACGUCGGCGUAAACAACCACAAACCAUCUCCGAUUUGCCUCACAUGGCACACGAGCGAUUUGGUCGACCAAACUACGGACCAUACUAUUAUUUACAUUUGAGUUCCUUCGAUCCGGUAGAGGAACUAGAACAGCCAGACUUUAUGGAACAUCCAGAAGAUUAUUUUGUCGACAAGGAGGAAUUCAAUUCACUGACCAAUUCGGUUGAAUUAUCAUCUUUGUUGUCAAGUCGUGGAAACACAAGAGAUCAACACAACAUGUUCUAUGAGUCCUCGCUUCGCAACCGAUUUGAUGAAAAUUCGCUGUUCCCGAGCUCUUUGCUGCAAUUUGAAGAGCAGAUGAAGCGUACCACUAGAUUUGUCAACCACGGAAUCUUGAAAAACCCUUCGGAUUCGCGCCUUGAGGACACACUCUCAACUAUGACUACAAGUCAAGCAACGCGGGCCUCUUCCAUGAAAAGUAGCCAACCUCAAUCACUGAAAUUCACCAGAACUGUCUCAGUCAAAGGUUCAAGCCGGUCAAGCAAAUAACAGGCAUUAAAGCCAACUGGAUUGCUACACUGCUACACCCGCACACAGAACGUAACCUUAGUGGCUCCGCUUCGCGUGUGCACACUAGCGCCAUCGUACCAUUCAGUGUGCAAUUUUACUAUCCAUUAGUCAGAAUUUCGUUUUCAUUUGCUUCAAUAAGAAGAAGGAGAUUGGAUACCUGUAAAAAUUUCACUCAGUCACUGAACCACAUGUUUUCCAACUGUAUUUUGACAACAGUCAAAUUUAUUCUAGAAAAUACAUGCAAAAAUUAGUGCAAGCUGCAAUGAUGUAGCAAG